AUGAGCUUUACGCAAGCUAAUUGCUCUCAACCAUCUUACUACUCUCCUUCUACCAUAACUCGAUCGCAUUGUGUCUCAAGUGUUCCUAUUAUUAGAUCUUCAUCACGGUUUAGUUACUGUCCACGUGGCUCAUCUACUCUCAGAGCAACUGCUUCAGUCUCUACUGAGUUCUCGCCUCUGUUAGAUAUUCACAUGCGUCGUGCAGCUACUGGGAGAUGGAAACAGAGUUCUGCUGUGUGCUUGUUUGGUGGGAAGGAUAAGUCCAAUGGUGGUGACGAGGUAUCACCGUGGAAAGCGAUAGAGAAAGCAAUGGGGAAGAAAUCUGUUGAAGAUAUGUUGCGGGAGCAGAUACAGAAGAAAGACUUUUAUGAUACUGACAGCGGCGGCAACAUUCCUCCACGUGGAGGAGGAGGUAGUGGUAACGGUGGAGAGCGUUCUGAAGGGUCAGGAGAAGGAGAAGACGGUGGUUUUGCUGGGAUUGCUGAGGAGACUUUGCAAGUGGUUUUAGCAACCUUAGGCUUCAUAUUCUUGUACACUUACAUUAUCAAUGGGGAGGAAUUGUUGAAGCUUGCAAGAGACUACUUUAGGUAUCUUAUGAGGAAACCUAAGACUGUUCGAUUGUCACGAGCCUUGGAUGGUUGGAAUGGAUUCAUGGAGAAGUUGUCGAAGCCCAGAGAGUAUGAUGAGUACUGGCUUGAGAAGGCGAUUAUCAACACGCCGACGUGGUAUGAUAGCCCUGACAAGUACAAGCAAGUUCUCAAGGCUUAUGUCGACUCAAAGACUGAUGAGCAGUUCGACUAA